AUGGGCGACGAGGCGACGGCGAUGGCCGUCAAGCUCGGCCUACGCUCGUAUGGCGAGAAAAAGUCGACGUAUCACGACAACGCGUCCGAGCUCUUCUCGACCGUGCCCGGUGUCCCAACGGUCGCCCGCCGCCGGCCGCACCGCCAGCGCUCCAACUCGACCUUCAUGGAGCUCAUGCUGCACAAGACGCCGCCCGCCGUAGCGCCAAUCAAGACACCGCCCGCAGUGGCGGUCCCCGAGACCGAGUCAAAGCAGCGCGGUAGGACCAGCGAGCACGUCUACGCCAAGAACCAAGUCGUGCCACUCGACCACCCAGAAAGCGCGCCGUCGUCGCGCGAAGAGAGCCGUCAACAGCAAUGUCACGUGAGCCGCCGCCUCUCGCACGAACCCGCGGCGCCGCGGGCCCUCACGCCCGCGAGUCUGUUUGCCGACAAAUGCCACAAGCUACAACUGGUGCCCGAGCCCAUUAUUGCAAAAGCGCGUGAGAAAUGCUGCAACGGCCGCUUGCACCUCGGCUCGUACAGCAUGGGCGACCAGCUCGUGGGCGCGCUCGCCGAGAGCUUGGCGAGUAUCGAGACGCUCACCAACCUCAACCUUCACGGCAAUCGACUCACGACCGCCAGCAUGAGCGAGCUCACGCCGGCGCUCCUCCGAAGCUCGGUGCAGGCGCUGGACCUGUCGUGGAACAACCUCGGCCUCGGCGGCGUCGUGCACCUUCUCCCGCUGCUCUCGGCGUCGCACUCGCCGCUGCUGGAGCUCAACCUCGAAAACAACCUCCUCGGCGACAAGCCCGUCGUUUUGCUGGCAAAUGCGCUAGCCGACUCGCCGCAGCUGCAGACGCUCAACCUCACGCGGUGCAACAUUGGCCACCAAGGUGCAAUGGCGCUCGGAAGCGCGCUCAAGUACGUGCUCGCGCUCACGUCGCUGCACCUUUCGUGGAACAAGAUUCGGGGCGCCGGGGCGGCCCACCUCGCGCGCGGUCUGCAGCACUGCGCGACCUUGCGGACGCUCGAUCUGUCGUGGAAUUCAUUCGGGUCGCUCACGUCGUCCGAGGCGCUUGUCGCGCUCUGCGACGCUCUGCAGCUCAACAAGGUCCUCACGCAUCUGGAUGUGAGCUACAACCGCCUGCGCAAUGGCGACUGCGACAGCCUUGGCGCCGCGCUCGCCUCCAACCAGACGCUGCGGGGACUGCACCUGGCCGGCAACGAUUUAGAAGCUGACGCGUACGGCUUUGUGCUGCCAAACGCGACGCCGAAUGACCCUGCACUCGCCCAUAUCUUUACCCGCAUCGGCGCCAACAGCCACGUCGACCGACCGUUUGUAUGGGAAAAGCGGUCCAACUGCUGGCUCUGCGAGCACUGGGUCGAGACGCGGCUGGUCUGGCGCCAAGGUGGCCAACGACCCAAGAGCGUCGUUUUGCGCGCCGAGUUUGACUAUUGGAAGCCACACCACCUCUUCCCGAGCGCGAUCGAACCGUCGGUUUGGGAAGUGUUCCGCAUGGUGCCGCCAGGAACCUCCCAGUUCUUCUUUGUCGUCGACGAUGCCGUCGUCACGACCGAUGUGCACGUGACAGCGCAAUUCCAGAGCCGGCUGUGGGGCGGCGUCAGCAACCGCCCACGCGACCUUGAGCUUCCGUCCCAGUCGCUUGUCAAUACUGUCUCGAUCGUUCGCGACGACGCGUCCGGGUCCAAGGCACUCCCGCGACUCGCGACGCCAGCGCCAGGGCGCGUCGACGACUGGUUCCCCAAGUCUGUCUUUGCAAGUUACCACCAAGACACGGCGUCCGUGCUCAAUGAUGCGUUCGAGGUCGACUGGUCGACGUCACGGCUGCCCAAAAUGGCCAAGGAAGCCGGUCACGUCGACGCGCUCAAGGCGGUGCUAAGCAGCCAUUUUGCCUUGCUCAAAGGCGUGUUCCGGCACUACGCCACGAGCGGCGGCGCCGACCCGUUCACGCUCGGUUCGAAUGCGUUCGCUGACUUUUUAACCGACGCCGACAUUGUCGACACGAACACGUGCACGCGCGCCGAAGUCGAAAUGUGCUUUAUCGCUGCGAGCUCGUCCGGCCCGAAACUCAAAUGGAACACGCGCCGGAGCUUGUUUCGGUUUCAGUUUCUCGAGGCGCUCGUCGCCCUCGCGUCGUCGAAAUUUCUCAAAUCCAAACGCGCACCGACGAUCGUGGCCGCCGUGCAGCUUAUGAUCGACCAGCACGUGACGCGCGCGACGUGGCAUGACACGCAGACCUAUCGCGGCGCAGCCCUCCACACGCCGGCGCUCGACGUCGUCUUCAAGGACCACUUGUACGUGCUCAAGGAGCUCUUUGGCCUCUUCGCCGGCUCCAUCGACAUCGGCGACGGACGCGGCAAGCGACUCAGCUACGCCGAGUUUCUCAGCCUCUGCGAACAAGCGCAGAUCAUCGACGAAGGCCUCGCGACGCGCGACGUCAAGCUCGCACUGGUGCGCGCCAAAGAAACCGAGGUGUUUGACGCGAAUGGCGACGGGGAAGAGUGGAAGAAAAUUGGGUUUUCCGAGUUUUUAGAAGCGUGCGCGCGGCUAGCGGACGCCAAGGACCUUUGCCCGUUUUACCAGCGCGUCAAAAGCAGCGUCUAUACGCACGGGACAGCGCCGAGCGACGUUGUCGCCUACAACUUUCUUCAAGUGCACUCGACGCCCUUGAAAGACUGGGCGCCCACUACAGGCGACGUGGCGCUCAAGCUUCCCGUCGUGCUCAAACUGCUCUGCGUGCCAGUGCUGCGCGCCCGCAAGCUACCCAUGGCGCCACUUCUCGUCAAGCAGAUUUCGCUCGUCGCCGCCAAGCUCGCAGGAAUCGCGAUCGCGUAA